AACUUUAUCCCAAUUGCGAUCAAUGCGCGCUGUCAGUGCUAACCGUUGUGUGCGAGCCAACUGAUCUCUCGUCAGUGUUCGAUGGUGUUUACAGAGUGCAGACGACGCAACGCAAACGAGCUAGUUUUAGAGCUAGGAGAAGGAGAGAGAGAAGAAGUCCACCGGCUAUUCUUUAUUUGGAAAAACGAGAUAGAGACAUGGUGCGCACUUGUGCCUAUCCAGGCUGUACCAACAAAGAUGAGAGUGGGUCUCCUCAAACAUUCCACCGAUUCCCUUUGACGAAUGUAGCUUUGAGGAGACUUUGGCUACUUUCUCUGGGCUUGAACGUGGAGCUCACCCAACUACCGAAGAUGAGAAAGCUUCGCGUGUGCAGUGACCACUUCAGCGAGGACGACUAUCUUCCAGAAGGACAGACAAAGAGACGUAUUUUGAAGAGCACUGCUGUACCUGCACCCCAGGACAAGAGAGAUAUAAUGUCUUCCAUUCACGGCAGUCAAAUCAGUGGGUUGCAAGAAGACUGUAUGAGCCAACAACACAGGAGUUCCCGAAAGAUUUGGUGGAGAAGGUCAUCCAACGACGGCUUGACACCAAUGUGA